AUGUCCUCCCCCCACACACCUAGGAUCCCCCUCCCCCAUCAGCGGAGCCUCCGGGAGGACGGGCUCAGGCCAGCCCAUCACUCCUGGUCCUUGCUAGCGGGAAGUCCCGGGAUGUUCCUGCUGCUGCUUGGCGCCCUGCAAGCCAAUAUCCAAGAGCAAGAAGUCAGAGCGCUGGUGGGCAGCAACGUCAAGCUCAGCUGCGGUUUCCACGAAGGACACACUUUUGAUUUAGAUGACCUUUAUGUGUAUUGGCAAAUCAGCAUCAUGGGCCACCCAACGACCGUGACAUACUCCCUCUCUGGGAAUAGCUCGGCCGGCCUUGGGGACACCCGUUACAGGGACAGGGCCUGGCUCAUGCCGGAGCGCAUGAAGCACGGCGACUUCUCCCUGCAUCUCUACAACAUCACCCCCCAAGAUGAACAGAAGUUCAACUGCUUGGUGUUUAGGAAAUCCUUGCAGUUAAAAAAGAUUUUGGAGGUGAUGGUGACGCUGCACGUGGCAGCAAACUACAGCAUGCCCGUGGUCCAGGUCCCAAGCGGCCUGCCCGAGAACGAGGAGCUCACGUUCACGUGCACGUCUGUGAAUGGCUAUCCAAAGCCAAAUGUGUACUGGAUCAACAAGACGGACAACAGCAUGCUGACCGAGGGCCUGCAGAACAGCACGGUCUUCCUGAAUGCACGGGGCCUGUACGAUGUGGUCAGCGUCCUGCGGAUCAGGCGGACCCCCAGUGUGAAUGUCGGCUGCUGCAUAGAGAACGUCCUUCUGCACCAAAACCUGACUGGCAGCGGCCAGGCAGAAACGCCCAGGGCAACCAAACCCAGCAACACGGGGAGCCACACCGGCGUCCACAGAAAGGGCCACAGGACGGUGCUGAGCGCCCUGGCUGUGCUGGGCGUGGUCGUGGUGGUGGCUGCGGCCGUCAGCUGGGUGGCUGUCGAGGGCCUUCAGAGUGGCGCCAUGACCCGCAUGGAGGAGGCGUUCUCCUGGCAGAGCGGCAGCCGAACCGACAUAAACGCCAGGCUCCUCAGAGCCCCCGGGCCAGGCAGCGGACUGCAGAAGUAUGCAGCCCACAGCUCUGAUGGUUUCCACGUUGUGGCCCCAAAUGAAUCUAGCCACUCGUGUUCCCAGAAGGUUCUGUGGAGGAGGCUGCCAGGUCACGCGGGUGUGCAUACCCCGUGGGAGACGCAGCCUGUCGUCCCGCCUGGGGUCACUCAGCACCGGUGGGCGGACGUCAGAAGCCUGCAGGCCCCAGACCCGGACCCGGACAAACAGGAGGACCAGGCUCAGGGGCGAAGCUGUUACAAGAAAUUGUUCGUUGUCUAUUUUUGUGCCCAGAACUCCUCACACGGCUCUGACAUGAGUGUGGGUGAGGAGGCUGGAAAGAGCUGCUGCCCACUGGCCCUGCUGCUCAGAUGCUUCGACGACCCUGGCCAGUGUGUUCGGCCCCCACCCCAGGGAGGGCAGCUGCGGCUUUCGAACGGCCAUUCAGGCCGGGGCUGGAGCCGGCAGGCGGGCUCUGAGCAGUGCAGAAGUACCAAGAGGGAGAAGGCAGGGAGGGGCUCGGGAGAGGUCGAGGAGAGGGAAGAAGGGGCCAGCGUGGGGGCCCACAGCCCGGCCGGGGUCCGGACACACAUGCGGGGCGUGCCUGUGGCCCGGUGCUCCCCCACCUGGGCCUUGGCCCCCGUGUUGGCCUGCGUGGACACAGCCCACAUUCACUCCGUCCAAGGAGGGCCUCCCACGGGCCAGGCCCCGCAGGGCCAGUGCGUGCUGGGCUUCAGGGAGCGCCGCCUCGAGCAGCCAGGGCACAACGCGGGCCUUGAACCAGUGGGCAUGUUCCGAAUGGGCCGGAAGCGCCCUUGA